AUGGCCGAGGAAGCGGCGUCAAAGGCUGCCGUAAGCCUCGCUGGUCCCCGGGAGAACGUCUAUUUGCUGACGUACUCCUUCAAUCAGGACUUCUCCUGCUUUGUUUGCGGCACCACAGCUGGAUUCCGGGUCUUUGCCCUCGAAGACAAUGCAAAGUCAUCCACAAUCUCUGAGAAGCUCAGACGUGAGCACUCGCCUGGAUUCACACAUAGCUCCGUGAUGCUGAUCUCCAUGCUCUUUAAGAGUGCCAUCUUUGCGAUGGUCAAUCAGACCCUGGAGCCACAGGGCGAGCCAGCGCCGGGCUGCAUGAACAAGGUUCAGGUUUGGGAUGAGCGCAAGCAGAAGGUCAUAGCAGAGCUCAGGUGCAGGAAUGAGGUGAAGGGAGUCUGCCUUCACAAAGAUGUCAUAGUCAUGGUCUGUGAGUAUGUAAUCUACGUCUACACUUCAGGGGAGCACUUGAAAGUCAUCCUUCACCUGGACACUGGCUCCAACAAGCUGGGGCUUUGUGUUGUGGCCGUUGACAGCAAUCCCUGGCUUCUCUGCUGCCCCGCCCAGAACAAGGGAGCUGUGCGGAUCCAGGCAGGCCAGGAUGCUGGGGCGACCCACGUCUUCCAGGCUCAUCAAUCAGGGUUGGCAGCAUUGGCCUUGAAUUCGUCGGGCUCACUGCUGGCCACGGCUUCAGAGUCGGGCACAGUUGCAAAGGUCUUCCGCACGUCAGAUGGCCAGGCACUUUACAGGUUACGAAGAAGCACUCGUUCCGCCGUGAUUUCAAGUCUUGCCUUCCGGUCAGACGACAACUUUCUCGCUAUGGCGUCGUCCUCUGCAACUGUGCAUAUCUUCAAGCUGGACAGCUCUACGGCAGAGGUCGACACCGACAAGGCAGACAAGGACAAGGAGAACUCUUCUCCGGCAUUUGGCCCCCAAGAUCCACCGCGGUCAAGUCUGUCAGGGACCCUCUCGGCGUUGCACACUUUGCAGUCCAAAGCCACAGAGGCCGUGCGCAGCCUGACGCCAUAUCUGGCUGAUCUCCGGAGCUUUGGGCAGUUCCGCUUGCCUGACAUGGACGGUGGCCAGCCUGCUGUUGACACUCGCAGCAAGCAGUCAAAGAUUACGGGCCCCAUCCUGGCUUUCCACAAGACAGAGCCGCGGCUGUACGUUCUGCACUUCAACGGCUUCCUUUACGAGUGCAGCUUCCAGCCGGACUACGACCUGAGUCGGGGAGCGCAGGAAUGCGGUUUUGUGGCAGCGACAACCUGGUUUGCCACACGUCCAGAUUUCAAGGUCUCCGCGCCCAUCACCGAAUUAAAAACAGAGCCAGGAGGGGAGAACGAAGGUGAUGAGGCUGAGGAAUGGCAACUUCUGUAG